AUGAGCAGAUACUUCCGUCUUCCUUCGCUUCAUCUCCUAUCACUGUGUUCAGUCAUUCGUUUCUUAAAUCUCCGAUCUUAUUUCUAUUUUGUUCAAAACGCUUGCACUCCGGGAAACCGCAGUGAUGGCGAUGCCAGUGAGCUGCCCGCACAUGACCAGAACCUGGGUAGUUCUGAAACUCUCGUCUUGCCGGUCAUCACUCACAUUACCAACCCGCUUUGCGUUUGGUUGCGAUCAUGGUUGCGUCGAGAAAACCUAUUCUAUGGUUCAGGUCACGAUAAAUCUACACAUCCGGCGAUUGUUCAGCCUGCUCUGGAGCGGGAAGAGCUCACCGCCGAAUCACGGGAUGUAGAGAAGCUGUUUCUGGAAGCGGCUAGUUAUCUACCUAUACCCCCGGAUACCUAUCCAAUAUCAAAACACUACCAUGGUCUGAAUACCGCCUCGCAAAACCUUCACUACGGUAGAAAACUACCUACCGGGAAUGAUCUAUCCGGCAACCCCACAGGAAAAUGGCGGCCAACACGCGCCAUCACUGUCGCCGCCCCAAAACUCCGAGGACCCUUGCACAAGAGGAACCGGUAGGGGCAAAUCCCGCCAGGUCCAUCACUUCUUGGCCCUCUUCUUCGUCCUUCCCCGCGUCACAGGCCCGGAGGCAGGGACAGGAGAUGCAACCCGAAUCGCGGGAAGGUCCGGCGAGGGUUCACAGCCGUAGGGAGGCGGCGGCUCGGGGGCAUCAACGACCGCAGAGGCCGGAGAAAAAAACAACACCCGAGAAGAUUACCAAUGCGGCUACAGGGCCGCAGGGAAAGUCGACCCGUUACAGAUAUCCGCCCGCCACCCGCCCAGUCCCAUCUAGCGUUGUUACCUGGACGCCUACACUUUCUUUAGCAUAUGUUUAGUUUAUACGAGUGCGGCCGAUAAAUAUAUUCGUCACGUGCCUUAUCUAAGGACACAUCGUAGCCAAAA